UGCUAUAAAUAUAAAUGACUUGGUUUAAAAUUAACAUUUAGAUUGUCGUCUUGGUCAGUUAACAACCUCGUCACUUUCCAUAUUUCUGCCAUGGCGAAAAGUUUACUGUUUGUGUUGGUGAUUGGGAUGUCGCUUGCUUCAUUCAGCAAUGGACAAUCUACAAACACAACGCCAUCAGUUACAACAGACAACACGACAUAUAAUUCCGGAAGUGGAGCAUGUAGGGACUGUGCGAUUAGAAAUGGUAUUGGAUACAAUCCUCAUCUGGAAUGUGAUAAAUUCAUCCAAUGUAAUUUUGUGAGAAAUGGAAAUUUGGCAGGUUUUGAGAUAAAGCAGUGCGGAUUUGGAACCUUCUGGGAUCAAACUCUACUAACAUGUAACUUUAUUGGACAAGUCCAUUGUCCUAAUGAUCCCUGUAUUAAUGGUACUGUUAGCUCUUACAAGACCAGUGGAAAUUGUGCUGAGCAUUAUAUGUGUACUAACAGAGUUUCACAAGCCAAGCUUUGCUCUUCUGGAUACGCCUACAAGAAUGGUCAGUGCGUUAUAGACACCGAUUGCAACAAAGACGCACCUCCUAAAAAUUGUUGCUUACGCUGCAAAUUUGCUGCAAUAAGAAAUGACCCGUGUUUCUUCAACUGGCAGACAAAUGGAAGAACUUAUAAGAUGCCCUGUCCUCCUGGUACAGCUUAUGAUAUUGAUGCGUGUGGUUGUAUUACUGCUGCGUACACAUCAUGUGCAGCAGUUUGUAAGCCGAUUGUUCACAUCGAUUUUGAAACAGCCGAACCUGGAGAAUAUGAUAACUACGGUGCUGUUAGACAGAAUGGACAAGCAUAUUUUAAUGGUAACAGUAGCAUCCGGAUACUUCGCUUGUCGAAUGUUGAUUUCCGAUCAAGAAUCAGCAUUUAUGUGAAAUACCGACCAGAAUUUCCGGACCAAACAACCCAGCAAGCCGUUGUUUCUAAUAGUGACUGUGACAAACCCUCAACAAUUGCAAUCAUAGCUAAUGGCCAAUCUACUGAAUUUUUAGCUAAAAGCGUUUCAAGAUCAGCACAGACACUUAAUACCAAUUCCUCCACCGUCUGGAAAGAAAUUGUAUAUGAAAUCAAGUCUGGAACUUUCAGUGGCCAAGAUGGCCUUCAAAGAGAUGUCACGCAAUUCGCAGGACUGCUAGAAGUAUCACCAUGUGCCUUUCAGUUGGGUCAUGGUAACAGAUUAAAUAGUUUUCGUGGAUGGAUUGAAUACGUAAUUAUUACACGAUGUGACGAUGACCCUUUCAACUCUACUACAACUACUACCAAACCCAGCGGAAUUGGUGGAGCUUAAAUCAAUCCGUCAUCUAUUUGAAUCAAAUGUCAAAAUGGUCUGAUUCAAAUAAUUCUAAUUUCUGGGUUAUUUUUUCUUGGACAAGUGGUUUAUUUAAUUCUGGUUCACAGUUGUUUUUUGGUUCAAUUAUACUCUUCCAGUGUUUUAUUUUAUUUCAAAAAUACGAUUCCAGUGUUACUUUCUUCCAAAAAGAAGAGUAAGAGGUUCAGUUUGUAACUUACGUCUGCUUCAUCUGUUUUUUGUUUUUGUUUUUUUAAAAUACUUUUGCAUAUAGUUCGUCGUUUUUCUCUCUUAAAAUAAAGUUUGGAUAUAAUUCGUCGCUUUGCUCUUUUAAAAUAAUCUUUGCCUAUGGUAUGUGCGUUGACAGUAAAUUCUAUAUUACAAA